GGGUAGAGAGUUGUGUUUUUUACUCGAAAACACUUCUCAUCAGCUACAUAUUAACACUGUCAAACUCUGAAAACAUCUCCGAGAAGGAACAGAAAGUUGGUUCUAAAGUCAUUACCAGUGAAAGGGGUGUUGCAGCCUGAACUGGCAACCCGACAGUCCCGGGGCAGGUCCUGCCGUUGCGUCGCCAAGAGUCCGGAGGCUGAGGUUUGUGUAGACAUUUCUGGGAAAGCCUCCAAAGCGCACUUUUGCCAAGGAGAACCUGGGAAGAAUCACAGCCGCGUUUUCCUGUGUCGACUUGGUUCUUCAGCUCCAUUUAAACUCAGCCUGCGAAAAUUUCUUGCAUUUACUUGGAGAUUCCUUCUUCCUGCGCCCAGAAAAUUUAAGAAAAAAAAAAAAAAAAACUUCACGGGGCGGUGGAGGCGGACAAUGCCAAAGGAUUAAUUGGAGACUUUAAUGUUAUUAGAGUGAAAACGUAAACGUCAGAAUAUUUUGGAGAUGUGACGUGGUCCAAAACUUUUCGACAAUAGAUUUCAUUCAUUUUCACCAGGAUCUACGGAAAUACAUCUAAUUCUGGAUUAUCAUAUAACCGAGAUUAUCACUUUUUUUUUUCUUCUGAGCUCUUUGGAUUAUACUUGAAAGGUGAAGCGUGGCUGUGAUGAACUUGUGGAUGUAAUUGUUUACGCACUACUAACUCUCCUCUUAGUUCCCGUUUGUGACAUAAAGAGCAGAGUGAAGUGACUCUCCUCAGCAGAAGGCAUGCUCUGAACCAGGUUGACUUUGAAAUCAAUCUGUUUUCUGUAUGUCUUCAUCUGGAAUUAACUAAAUAUCAACCUCAAUGCAAUAAAGACGCGUCAGGGAUCACGGGUCCAUCACUGGAUCUUUUUUCUUUUCCUCAGUGCACGUUGAUCGUACAUUAUUUGACAUCUCACCAGUAUGUGGAGGGUUUUUGCGUUUAGUUUAGUGUUGAUAUGUCUGUUGAGCUGGACAGGGGAAGCAGACACACAGACCCAGUUUAAGCGGGUCCAACUGCACCGACGCGCAAGGCACGGGCGCACCCAGGUGGGCGCAACGGACAAGGAGCGCCUCCACGGGCGUGUGCGCCCUGGGUUUAACUCGGCUAUCUCGGUCCACAGCCCCACUAAAGCCCAGGAUGUGCAGGCUGAUGAAGGGGUCCCACCAGGACAGGGUCAAGGGCUUGGGCCAAGGAGAGGGGUGACGCGUCAGGCUGGUUCUCUCCGGGUGCAGGGCAUGGUCCAGGAUGAGGGAACUCCAGGGGUUAGGUCUAGGGUUACCAGGAUGCCCAACAGUGCCGGCUCACCAAAUCUACUGGCGAGUUUUGCAGGAAAGAACCGAGUCCUUGUGAUAUCUGCGCCCCACGACUCAGACGGCUACUACCGACUGAUGAUGUCUCUGCUGAAACCAGAUGUGUACUGCGAACUAGCCGAAAGACAUGUGCACCAGAUUGUCAUGUUUCACCAGGAGGGAGAGAUGGGAGGUAAGGUGAGGAGGAUCACAUCGGAGGGCAAGGUAAUGGAGGAGCCCCUGGAUACUGCACUCAUCCCCAGACUCAUGAGCUUCCUCAAAAUGGAGAAAGGUAAGUUUGGGAUGGUGCUGCUGAAGAAGACGCUCCAGGUGGAGGAGAGGUACCCUUACCCCGUCAGGCUGGAGGCCAUGUACGAAGUGAUCGACCAGUCUCCGAUGAGGAAGCUGGAGAAGCUUCGACAGAAAGGCUUUGUGCAGAAGUGUAAAGGAGCAGGUGUGGAGGGUCAGGUGGAGGAGGGAACACUCACAGCAAUAGACACACCAGUGGAGAGAAAACCAGUAAAGAAGAGAAAGCCCACAACGACCACAGCUGCUGCCACCACAACCACAACCACAACACGGCCGACCACAACCACCACAACUACCACCACCACAACAACAACAACUACUCGGCCCACAACUACCACAACUAGAGCUACCACAACCACAACCAAAGCUACAACAACUACCACCAAACCUACCACAACCACCACCAGAAGAACCACCACCACCACCACAAAACGACCCACCACCACCACCCAGAGGACCACCAGAGCCCACACCACGGUCCUGUGGCUCCCGGCCCCGAGAACUACCGUGGAUCCUGACUACUACAACCGCCGAGAGAGGGAGCGGUACCCGGCUAAGACCACGCCUGCAGGAGAUAACCGCACUGAUAAGGACAACAGAGACCCUCACAGCCGUAAGCAGGCUGGCCAGGUACCUGCCACACAUAAACCCACAAAGGUUAAACCCACCAAGAAGAAGAACGGAGGAGAAAAGGUGUUAACAAAUGAAUACGAGGACAAGUAUGAACCCAGCAAGCCAACAGUCAGUGAUCCUGAGGAGACAGAAACCUUCACUGACAUCAGCCCCACCAAAAAGGUAAAGGGCAAACAUGAUAAGCACGACAAGAAGAAGAAAAAGAACGAAAAGGCUGCCAAGAAAGCAGACAGGAGAGGAGGAAAGGCGGCAAAGGAGGGGAAGAACGGGGGAAAGAGAAAUGGAAAGAAGCUGUCAAAGUACCCUGAAAAGGAGGACUACCCGAAGCCCACUAAGAGGCCGACGCCCCCUCCAAAGGGAACUCUGGCCUCCUUCCUGGACUACUUUGAGAACAGGAGGCGGCUGCUGCUGAUUACAUCCCCCAGUGAGGAGAACAGUAUGUAUGUUCAGCAAAGAGACGAGUACCUGGAGUCAGUGUGUGAAAUGGCCAUCAGGAAAGUGUCCAUCAUUACCAUCUUCGGCUCUCUGACCAACUCUACGAUGAAGAUUGACCACUAUCAGCUGGAGAAUGACAAGCCAAUGAAAGGUCUUCGACAAGAAGAUCUGGUGAACCAGGAGCUGAUCACAGAGCUGAGGAAGGAGUUCAGUAUGACAUAUGAGGACUUCUACAUGAUCCUGACUGACACUGACAUGAGAGUCAAGCAAUCCUAUGAGGUCCCCAUUGCCAUGAAGGCUGUGUUUGAUUACAUCGACACCUUCUCCUCACGCAUUCGAGAGAUGGAGCAGCAGAAAAGAGACGGAGUUGCUUGUAAGAAAGAGGACAAACCCAGAUCGUUGGAGAACUUCCUCUCCAGGUUCCGUUGGAGACGUCGCUUGUUCAUCAUCUCCGCCCCCACAGACGAGGAGUGGGCCUAUCAGCAGCAGCUCUAUGCCCUAACCAGCCAGGCCUGCAACCUGGGUCUGAGGCACAUCGCCAUUCUGAAGUUGGUCGGCACAGAGCCACCGGAUAUGGGCGGAGUCCUGGAGCUGUAUCCUAUCAAUGGGAGUGCUACAGUGGAUCGUGAAGGCCUGUCUGCUACUUUAGUAAAGGACAUGAGGAACUACUUCCAGAUCAGCCCAGAAUACUUCUCCAUGUUGCUAGUUGGAAAGGAUGGCAACGUUAAAUCCUGGUAUCCAUCACCAAUGUGGUCCAUGGCUAUUAUCUAUGACCUGGUAGACUCUAUGCAGCUACGCAGACAGGAGAUGGCCAUCCAGCAGUCACUCGGCAUGCGCUGCCCUGAGGAUGAGUAUGGUGGCUAUGGUUACCAUCAGCACGGAUAUGAACACGGUUACCAGGAUGGAUAUCACCAGGGUUAUGGUUACUAACGGGAAACACAUCCCUUCCUCCCUCACUGCCCUCUCCUCUUCUUUUGACCCCAAACCCUUUCAAUCUUCCCAUCCUCUGAUUUGCUCAGAUCGAGUGAGGUCUUUGAAUGUUUCGUAGCACUUAGUGGAGGCGUAAAAACUGUUGCUUUCACCUUUCCAGUUCUUUAAUAUAUAGCAUAGUAUGAUGCAAAUAAUAGACGUUUUCAAGAGUCUGCUAGUUAGUCAAUACAUGCUCAAAUGAGUCUGAAGGUUCAGGGAUCUGUUGUGUUGUUUUUGUUUGAUAUAUUUGUCACUUCCAGCUUCAAACAGCAGUGUGUUACAUUUUACAUGAUCUGCCCCCACCCCCCCACCCCAAUUUACCUACCCGGUCAUUUUGACGUUUUCACCAUCAGUUACUAGCAAAGACCUAUUUUGUAGAUAAUGGGCUGAAGUAAAGCAUACAGUGUGUAUUUAUUUGACAUCUGUUGCAUUCAAGGUGCAGUUAUUAGUUAUUGUAUGAAGCUGUCACACUAUUUCUCUUUUGUAAAGUUUCUGUUGCUAUACAAUGUUUUAUUUAUACUCUAUUGUACUAUAUGACAAAUAAACAUUUGUUUACUACAAA